GGACGCCUCACUCCAGCAGGUGAGUGCGAGUGAGCAGCCCCCGUGACAGCCAUUCAAGCCAGGUACCGACAUUCCUGCAGCAGCUUCAGCUCUGGGUACAUUUUGGUUUUAUUCCCACAGACAAGACUGUGGACGAUGAAUAAACAGUAUACGUCUGUGAGCCACAUUGAUGACAUCACCAUAAAAAAGCAAAAUGGGCCUCAAGCAAAAAAGUACCGCUACAUACGCAAAGAAGGAAACUGCAACGUGGUGUUCCGCCACGGCCCAGAGGAGUGGCUGCUGUUUGUCACCGACAUCUUCACCAGCCUGGUGGAGAUCAGGUGGCGCGUGAUGUUCCUGAUCUUCGCGCUGUCCUACAUCCUCUCCUGGCUUCUCUUCGGCAUCGUCUACUGGGUUAUCGCGCUCGUCCAUGGCGACGUCAGGGACAGCACCAACGGCCCCUGCAUAUUUGAGGUGCGCAGCUUCACAGCCGCUUUCCUCUUCUCGCUGGAAACACAAACCACCAUUGGCUACGGGUUCAGAGGAAUGUCUGAGAACUGCAUGGUUGCCAUCGUCCUGGUCACAGUGCAGGACGUGCUCAGCUGCUUCAUCGACACCUUCGUCAUUGGCAUCGUUGUUGCUAAAAUGGCCUCGGCCAAAAAGAGAGCUCAGACGGUCGGCUUCAGCAGCUGCGCUGUCAUCAACCUCCGUGACGGGUUUCUGUGUCUCUCCUGGAGAGUCGGAGACUUUCGCAGAUAUCACUUGGUGGAGGGAACCGCUCACGCUCAGAUCGUCCGUUCAACAGUUCACGCCUCGGGAAAGGUGGACGUGACCUACAAAGACCUGCUCAUCCAGCAGAAAGACGUCGCCCUGGUCACACCCACCAUCAUCUUCCACAGAAUUGAUGCAGGCAGCCCACUGUACAAGAUGAAUUAUGUGGAUCUUAGGAAGGGAAACUUUGAGCUGGUGGUGUCUUUCACCUACACUGAUGACACUACAGGCAUGCUGCAUCAGACCCGCACCUCCUACUCCCCAGAUGAGAUCCUCUGGGGUCAGAUGUUCCAAGAGAUGAUCAAGAUCAGUAGGAGGCACUACAAGGUGGACUACACGUUCUUCAACCUCACCACAAAGGUGCCGGUGCCCGAGGUCAGUGCCGAGGAGUAUGACAAAAUGCAGCACUCCCCUGAACAUAGGAAGCCUUUCAUCAGGUCCUCUCCAGCACAGCAAAGCGACCAAGAACUCCUCAAACCCCCUAUGGUAACUGUGGAACUUGUGAGUGACACCCACCCAGAACCACAUGCUUCAACAUCUCAAGCAGAGGGACAACAAGUCACUCUGACUCUGUCAAGUGAUAUUGGGAAUACAGAAAUAUAAGAACAGCUGGUUUUAGAGGAUCUAGAAACGACGUGACAGCAUCACUAAAGAUCUAAGGACUAAGGGUCCACCUUGUGUUUGGUUGUAAAGGUCCUUCUGUCCGAUGUUGGCCAUCAAUGAGGAUCAACACAAGAGGACAUGACAUCAUCCUGAUCCUUUUUUAGGUUCAUCAAUCAUCACCAUCAUUUCCUAGUUAUGCUUAUAACUCUGGCUAGUAGAUCAGUUGAGGGGGGCAGUUAUUUUAAAGCUUGCUUUUAUUUGUAGUAAUUCCUGGAAUGUUAAUUAAUUUUCUGAUGAAGCCUGUUGAAAAACAUUGGCAGAAGAGCAUCUGAUGUUUUUGAAUCUGUAGCAAUUUACUGUACUUUCCUAAUAGUGUGGUUGUUCAAAUAAAAGGUCUGUUAACAAAGUGAGCUUGAAAUGCAUGGU